CGUAAGUCUCUAAGGAAUUUGGAAGCAAGGUCUCCAGGACCUUGAGGGGGCUACCUGCUGUUAAGAAAUAUUUAUUACUUUCCAGAAAAACCUUAGUCAUGAGACCCUUCAGAUGUGUAUCAGUGGGCCAUAGGCUUGGAGGAUGAUUGCUAACAUUUUUUUUUGAGGGGGGGGCGGUGGAGAUAAAGGAAGUUUCCAGAGGAACUUUUAUAUAUUAAAGUAGACUUACAGGAUCCUGGAGGUUGGGAGAAUGUUAAGCUAAGAUUGCCUUUUGCCCUUGGCAAAGUGUUGUCACCAUUGAGGUAUUUGAGCUCCUCAAGGAAGGCCACUCUUUGUCAAUGGGCUGUAAAGCUGUAAGGAAAUUUAUUUUUUUUCCUUUUGCCUUUGUUUCCUACAUCAGAGAUCAACCAGGUCUGUUCCUUGUCUGCAAUUUAGUAAGAUAUUUGCUAGUUCCUGUUUCUGUCAAAUAAGUCUUGUCUAUAAGAACAAUCCUGUAUUCAUGAAAAGAAUUCAUUUUAAUUGUCAGUGGAGAGAAUAUACAUUAAUGAGUUCAUUUCUGAUAACCUGGCUGGUAAAAAUGGAAUUUAAUCUUUAUGCAGUUCUUCUUUGCGUAGAAAGCACUCACGUCCCAUGCUAGUUUUAGGGAUUAUGUUAUCUUAAAAAGAAAGCUAGUUUAUUUCUUGGGACUUGACACAUUUGUAGAUGGGGAAGAGGCUCAGGUCUCAUGGUAUCGACGAUAGUUUUUGGGUACAGAAGCUAAACGGUUUUGUGUGAUCAACUUCCAGCCUGUCGUUUCUUCACUUGUCAGAGUUCCAGUUGAGACUGUAGAUUUUCGAUGCGUUUCCUUCUCUGGCCGUAGAUUCGCUCUGGAGGCAUCUACCUGCUAAAGAAAAUGAGCAAUAUCUUGUGUUCCAAAUCGAUGCACCGAGACCAGAAAGUAACAGGCAAGGACUAUGUGUAUGCAUAUGGCUGCCUCGUUACACGUGUGUGCGCGCUCAGAUCUGCCAGGCGGGUGUUCAGGAUCGUGGUGAAAAGUAGUAGAACGGAAUCUGAAAGUCCGAGUCUUGGUAGUUUAAACAUCUGCUUUCUUUGUUCUGUUUUCUUCUAUUUAUGUUUUUUACGUCCUUUCCCCUUCCCCUUAAAGGCUUUUGUGUGUGUGUGUGAAAAUUGUAUUUGACACCCAGUUUGAGGAAUUAGGAAUUAAGAAUUAGGAAAAGACAGUUUUGGGUAAUUUAGACCCUUGAAUACUGAGCGCUUUGUCAGAUUUGCUGUGAAGUGCGUAGUGAGGAAGACUAGUUAAAACGACGUAGUUAGCGUGAAGGCAUAAAUUGUAAAGUACCGAACUGGAUCGGAGGGAGAGCGGGAGGCAGGGUGUUUCCCUGGGAAGCAGUACAGGCUGAUAACCCAAGGAUGAAGAGCAGAGCCAACCGACUUAGGGUGGUAAGUACGGAGGGAGGAAACCGGGAGGGCGUUGAUUUUGUGUCACGGACAGCACGCACAGCGCCACACACACAAGAAGCCUCCAGGACGAGUGUGGGUCGUGGGAGAGUGCUCCGUGGGGCUCCUGGGUUAGAGGCGCUUCCGCCUGGGGGCCGAGAACUUGACCGGAGCUCCGUGUCUCCCCCCACAGGCUAGUGGUACGAAUGUUGUUUGAUUUCCCAAGGCUGUCUUUCAGAGUUCCUUCACCCGUUUGGAUUGGGCAGUUGUUCGGUUUGGUGCAGUUUUGCCCACCUGCCGAGGCCUAAGCAUUCUGCCAAUUAGCAUGUGGACCGUGUCGCAGGUUUGGUCUUGAAGAACCUUCAGCUCGUGAAGGAAUCACAUGCUGGAAGCAGUUGGAGAAGAGCAUGGCUGCUCAUCUUUGAAAGCCAGAGAGCGGGGAGGACAGUGAGUGCUCCGAGUGGCACCGGGAAGAGGGCAGUGUGGCCUUAAGUAAUCAGGGACAGCUUCUGAGAGGGGAGGGGGCAGGAGUUGGCUCCAUUGCCAUGUAGGCGUUGGUGUUUCAGCAGCGGACUUGUCUUCUGAAACCUCCCUGAGCAUGUUAGUCCCUUUUGUGGGGGUUGGUUUUUCUUUUGCAGUGUUUUAGUUCAUCUGCCUCCAGGAGGCCACCUCACCUUACCAGAAGGCUGGUUUCAACAGACUUCAGAGCUGUUGCCUAUCAAGAGGCCCACGUUUUGCCCCUGGAAGCAGUCUUUAGGGCUGUUGACACCCACGACUGCUGUUCCCCCUCCUCCCUGGGCGUGCUCCCGCCCCCCACCCACCUUGCGUGGGCGAGGUCAUGAGACUUGGUCUGACUGAUGCGGUGGAGGGCUCACUUGCAGGAGGGAGUUUCCAAAGUGCUGGGACAUCCUUUGGCACAGGUGUUCUUUUUCCCUGGCUCCGGGACUAGCAGGGUUCAGGGUUGGCCGUACCGUCAUCUCAGGUCCCCCAGAGUAGUUGUGCCGUGAUCAUGCCGAGCGUCCCGGCCAGUCUGGAUGGCCAUGGGGCAGGAGCAGGACCUAAAGCUUGUGUUAGGCUACUGUGAUUUGGGGGUUGUUUGUUUCUGCAGCGUAAUCCAUCCUAUUUUGACUCAAUAACCUUUCUUCCCGAAUUUCGAACCUUGGCCUCCUUCUUGGUUGUUCUCAGCUUUCUUUCUGCUUUGAGAGCUUCAUGGUUCUUGCUGUUCUUUAUACAGUUUGACGUUGUCCUCCAACUUUCCAUGAUGACCUUCUACUUGCAAUGACAUUUGACCUGGUAAAACUUGAGACCUAUCAAACACAAAGGCAGAAGUUUUCCGUUUUCCUUCAACGGUCCCUCUGGCACAUUGUGCUGUCUCGGAAUGGCUGUGCUUAGCAUUCUGUCUUCUGGGUAUGAGGAGGACCGUCUUGUCCAGUCUGCAGGUACAUAGGGAGAGUACGUGGAUUCUGUUGAAAAGAGCCAAUGACUUUGUGUUUAGUCCAACAUAAUUCAUUUGCUGGAGAGAAUCAAGCCAGUAUUGUUCAGUAGAACUUCCGCAGUGAUAGAAAUGUCCUAUGUAUGCACAGUAGCCACUAGCUACUAGCUACCUGUGGCUUUUGAGCUCUUGAAAUGUGGCUAGUGUGGCUGAUUUUUUUUUUUUUUUUUUCUUGAGAGAGCAUGCACGUGCAUGUACAGGUAGGGGAGGGGGAGAGGGAGAGAGUAAGCAGGCUCCACACUCAGCGUGGAGCCUGACACAGCGUGCUGUCCCCUGACCAUGAGAUCAUGACCUGAGCCGAAAUCAAGAGGUGGACCCUUAACCCACUGAGCCACCCAGGUGCCCCUGGCGUGGCUGAAUUUAAAUUAAAAUAUAAAUAGUCACAUUUGACUGGUGGCUGCCAUAUUGGACCCUAGAACAGCACCGAGAAGAUGUAAUGUUGGGUGAAAAAUGCAGAAUACAGAAGAAGCCUGUAUUAUUAUUUAACAUGUUAAAAUCAUAAAACAUUUUAAGUUCUUUACAGAGGGAGAAAACACUGAUGAUAACCACAUGAAAAUACUAACAGUGAGUUAUAUUUUGAUGGAGAAAUUGUGGGUGGGUGUCCCUCUCUUUUCAUGUUUCGUAAGAACUUUAACAAACUUUUGUCACGAAAGUAGCUUUCGAAAGUGUGAUCCACUUGAGCAGAAAAGCAGAAGUUUUGGAGAGUAAAAAGAGUGAGUCUUUUGGUUGAACAGAUUUCCCUCCAAAAGAUCUGCACUUCCCACUGCCCCGGAAGCGUGAGUCAGAACUGUUGGCUGGUGCUCUUUAUGAUCAGUUGUGCUGGAAUGCAAGCGAAUCGAGAACAUUCCACACGUGGUAGGUUCUGCCGGAGACUUCCAUCUGGCCUCAAUGUGAAAGUAAAGUAAACCACGUCUGUGUGUGUGUUGCUCCCAGGAUGCUGAUUCAUUGGUCAUGUCUGAAGAGGGAAAUUCUGGUCUAGAUGGCUGACAGCCCGCGAAAAUAGAUGCUUAUCCUAGAUGUCCGGCGUCUCUCCUUUUUACUGGAGUGAAAAUCCCCUCCAGAUACCAACAGAACGUCACCUGCAGAAAAUGCCUCGCAUUUUAAGGAUGUCAGCAACCUAAAUUCAUGCGCCCAGUGUGCACAGUUGUCGUGGACGGUUUACCAUCUGAGAGCUCCUCAGCCUCUUCUCCAGGCCCCGUACCUGUGUCUGAGAUGUCUCUGCUCCAUGCUCUGGGCCCAGUGCAGACCUGGCUGGGACAGGAGCUGGAGAAAUGUGGCAUCGACGCCAUGAUUUAUACCCGGUAUGUCCUCAGCCUCCUGCUGCACGACAGCUAUGACUACGACCUACAGGAACAGGAGAAUGACAUCUUCCUGGGCUGGGAAAAAGGAGCUUAUAAGAAAUGGGGGAAGAGUAAGAAAAAGUGCUCAGAUCUAACUCUAGAAGAAAUGAAAAAACAGGCUGCUGUCCAGUGUCUUCGUUCUGCUUCUGAUGAAAGCUCUGGUAUCGAGACUCUGGUGGAGGAGCUCUGCUCCAGACUGAAAGACCUGCAGAGUAAGCAAGAAGAGAAGAUUCACAAAAAGUUAGAGGGGUCUCCCUCUCCAGAGGCAGAAUUAUCCCCUACAGCAAAGGAUCAAGUGGAAAUGAAACAUGUGUUGAGCACUUCUUGUGUGCGUGACACUGAGGAGUCAGAGGUGAAUGAGACGGUCCUGUCCUUGUCAUACGUACUGAAUCAGGAUUUGGGAACUGGGUACUACGAAGCGUUCCCACCGCUGUCCGAGAAGCCGGUCUGCCUGCAGGAGAUCAUGACCGUGUGGAACAGGUCUAAAGUCUGUUCUUACUCCAGCUCUUCGUCGUCGUCCACGGCGCCCCCCGCCAGCACAGACACGUCCUCCCCCAAAGACUGCAACAGCGAAGGCGAAGCGAGCAAGGAGAGAAGCCGCGAGGCGGGCACCACUGCACACGAGAGAGCCCAGAGCAAGAGCAGAAGCGAGAAGGAGGACCGGUUCGGGCACGGCGCCACGGAAGAGAAGCCCGCCCUGUACAAAAAGCAGGUCCGACACAAACCUGAGGGACGGAUUCGCCCUCGCUCGUGGUCCUCCGGCUCGAGUGAAGCGGGCUCAAGUUCGAGCGGUCCUCGGGGAGAACUAAAAGCCUCCGUGAAGUGCGUGAAAGUCCGACACAAGACGCGAGAAGUUCGGAACAAGAAAGGGCGGAACGGGCCGGGCAGGCUGUCGCUGAAGCCCGGCGACAAGGCCGAGCGGGCCGUCCACGCCGCCGGCAGCAGCAGCAGCGGCAGCGGCGGCGGCGGCGGCUCCGUCAAGCCGCUGUGCCGGCGCGGGAAGAGGCCCCUGAAGGACCCGGGGAGGAGAGACCCCGGGAGCGCCGAAGGAAGAGACCUGUCCCUGGAGAGCAGAAACGACAGGGAGUACAAGGAGGAGCCGCUGUGGUACACGGAGCCGAUUGCCGAGUAUUUCGUUCCUCUGAGCAGGAAAAGCAAACUAGAGACCACCUACCGAAACAGACCGGAUGCGAGCGACCUGCCGUCGGAGGCGGUGGACGAGUUGUCAGAGUCCGUGCGCGGUCUUUGUAUCAGCAACAAUAAUAUGCAUAAAACAUACCUCGCAGCAGGUACUUUCAUCGAUGGUCAUUUUGUAGAAAUGCCUGCGGUCAUCAAUGAGGAUGUUGACCUCACUGGGACCUCGUUCUGUCCUCUCCCGGAGGACAACAAAUAUCUGGAUGGUAUUCAUCUGUCAGAAUUAACACACUUCUAUGAAGUGGACAUUGAUCAAUCCAUGUUGGAUCCUGGUGCCUCAGAAACCACGCAAGGAGAAAGUCGGAUUUUGAAUAUGAUUCGACAAAAAAGCAAAGAGAAAACCGAUUUUGAGGCAGAAUGUUGCAUAGUGUUAGAUGGAAUGGAGUUGCAAGGGGAACGUGCAAUAUGGACAGAUUCUACCAGCUCCGUGGGCGCCGAGGGCUUAUUCCUGCAAGACCUCGGCAAUCUGGCUCAGUUCUGGGAGUGCUGUUCAUCCAGCUCGGGCGAUGCCGACGGGGAGAGUUUUGGGGGGGAUUCUCCAAUCAGACUCUCCCCGAUCUUGGACAGCACGGCGCUCAAUCCACAUUUGCUUGCUGGCAAUCAGGAGCUCUUUUCAGAUAUUAAUGAAGGAUCUGGUAUAAACUCUUGUUUUUCAGUGUUUGAAGUGCAAUGCAGUAAUUCUGUUUUACCGUUUUCUUUUGAAACACUCAACUUGGGGAAUGAAAAUACAGAUUCUAGUGCUAAUAUGCUUGGGAAAACACAGUCUAGAUUGCUAAUAUGGACCAAAAAUAGUGCCUUUGAAGAAAACGAACACUGUUCUAAUCUCUCAACAAGAACUUGUAGCCCAUGGUCCCAUUCGGAAGAGACGCGUUCAGACAACGAGACGUUAAAUAUUCAGUUUGAAGAGUCCACGCAGUUUAACGCAGAAGAUAUGAAUUAUGUGGUUCCUAGAGUCUCGUCAAAUUAUGUAGAUGAAGAACUUCUAGAUUUCUUGCAAGACGAAACUUGCCAGCAAAACAGUAGAACGUUGGGAGAAAUUCCCACCUUAGUCUUCAAACAAACAUCGAAGCUAGAAUCUGUCUGCGGUAUUCAGCUAGAACAAAAAACGGAACCCAAAACCUUGGAAACUGCGCGAGGGUGUGGCGAGAGCGGUCCACGUGGAGGCGGUUACAGCUCAGGGGUCAUUAAAGACAUUUGGACAAAGAUGGCAGACGGGGGUUCUGUCGCUGCGGCGGACGUAGAGCGAACGGAUGAGGAGUUGUUCCCGACCGACGUCACCAACUGCUGCUGCUGCCGGGACGCUGAGGCUGAGGCCGAGACCCUCCGGGAGCCCAGCAAGGCCGUGCAGAGGUCGGAGUACCGUCUGUGGGAGGGCCAGAAGGAGAGCCCGGACAAGAGAGCUUUUGUGUCCGGGGAGCUGUCGAAGGUGGACGGUGGCGACUACACUACGCCCUCGAAACCUUGGGACGCGGCCCAGGACAAAGAGAACACUUUCAUUCUCGGAGGAGUUUACGGAGAACUCAAGACCUUCAGCAGUGACGGGGAGUGGGCGGUCGUCCCGCCCGGUCCCACGAAGGGAAGCCUGCUGCAGUGUGCGGCUUCUGACGUGGUGACCAUAGCAGGUACGGAUGUCUUCAUGACCCCGGGAAACAGUUUCGCUCCCGGUCACAGGCAGUUGUGGAAACCCUUCGUGUCGUUUGAGCAGAACGAUUCGCCGAGGAGUGGGGAAAAUGGAUUAAAUAAGGGAUUUUCUUUUAUCUUCCAUGAAGACUUACUAGGAGCUUGUGGUAACUUUCAGGUUGAGGAUCCUGGGCUUGAAUAUUCCUUCUCUUCCUUUGACUUAAGCAAUCCGUUCUCACAAGUUCUUCACGUGGAGUGUUCAUUCGAACCCGAAGGGAUUGCCUCUUUCAGCCCGAGUUUUAAACCGAAAUCCAUCCUGUGCUCUGAUUCGGACGGCGAAGUGUUUCACCCCAGGAUAUGUGGCGUCGACAGAACACAGUACAGGGCUAUUCGGAUCUCUCCGAGGACUCACUUCCGCCCCAUUUCUGCAUCUGAGCUGUCCCCGGGAGGAGGAAGUGAGUCGGAAUUUGAAUCUGAGAAAGAGGAAGCAAAUCUGCCCAUUCCUUCUCAAGCCGAUGCGUUUGAAGAUCCACAGGCAGAUCUCCAGCCACUGGAAGAAGAUGCGGAGAAAGAAGGCCAUUACUAUGGAAAAUCAGAGCUCGAGUCUGGAAAAUUCCUUCCCAGGUUAAAAAAGUCUGGCAUGGAAAAGAGCGCUCAGACAUCACUGGAUUCUCAGGAGGAAUCAGCCGGGAUUCUGCCAGCGGGGAAGCGGAAUCAGUGUUUGGAGUGUAGCAUGAAUGAAUCUCCGGAAAUUGCUUUAGAAAGCUCAGAAGCAAAUUGUAAAAUAAUGGCACAAUGCGAGGAAGAAAUUAAUAAUUUUUGCAGUUGCAAAGCAGGUUGUCAGUUUCCUGCUUAUGAAGAUAAUCCAGUUUCUUCGGGACAGCUGGAAGAGAUUGGGAAGAAAGAAAAAGAGGGAAGAAGCGAGAUUCUACAUCAUACCACUGCCAUAUUCCUUCGCUUUCUAUUUCCUGUAUUGAACACUGAUGUUCAAGGAAUGAAUAGAAGUCAAGAAAAACAGACUUGGUGGGAAAAAGCCUUGUACUCUCCUCUUUUUCCUGCGUCAGAGUGUGAAGAAUGUUAUACAAAUGCCAAGGGAGAGAAUGGUAUAGAAGAGUGUCCAGAUGGUAAAGACAUGCCCAGUAACGAAGAGCGUCCAUUAGAUUUUAAUAGGGUGUCUUCUGUUUAUGAAGCAAGGUGUGCAGGAGAGAGAAAUGCCAGAGCAAAACCCAACGGCUUCCACAGAAAGAUCUCCUCCAGCGCCAGCUCCGGCUCGGAAGGCUCCGGCUCGGACGGUGGGGGCGAGUGGGCGGACCCUGGCGAAGAGGAGCUCUUUUCUCGAACUCAUCUCUAAACCUGCAGCGUAGUGCAAAUUAAUUUUUGAAAACGAUCUGUGAUGGCAAAUUACCCUUUUGUGAGGCCUGUUAAUCUAAAACAACAACUUAGGGUUCUUCUUCAAUUAACUGAUUCAGAUCAGUAAUUAUCUUUCUCUUCUUGCUUAUUUUAGAGUUGAGGACAGCUAUCCUGUUGAACAUUUUUUUUUUUUUUCCUCCAAGCUGUUAAAUUCUUGGCUAUUUGAAAUAGACUAGAUUGUGUUGUCAAA